GAGUACUUUGGUGUUAACUUCUCCUCUUGUCCAGCUGCAUAGUCAAUAUAAUUAUAUUAAGCUGCUCCAGACUCAGAAAUCUGUGAAACGUGACAUCAUAUCUGAAACUGACCGGAAGAGAGGAGAUGAGAGCCGAAGGAACCAAAUCUGGUUGCAGACAUGAGAGAAAGAAUCGCUUAGGUGAACUCAGCCGCAGGAUCCGGAUCUCAGAACAGCGACGGAAUUCCCAUCAUAAAUAGAAACCUCGCGAUAUCUACAGACUCAGGGACGUCAGCCUGUGUAGAAACAAAACGUCGAAUGUGAUCAGUUCCGGUCCAGUUUAUAGUCGUCACACGUCCACAGACACCCAGACCCACCAACUAUCCGAACUCCGUGACCCGGAGCUGCUGCUGCGUGAGGAUGUCUGCGGGAUCCGGGAGCAGAAAUACGGAACCGUGGGGAGGGUUCGACGAAAACCUCAUCCAGUCUGUGCAGGACGGCGGCUCGGCCGUCAUCGACAUGGAGAACAUGGAUGACACGUCUGGCUCCAGCUUCGAAGACGUUGGCGAGAUGCACCAGAGGAUGAAGGAGGAGCAAGAGGUGGCCGAGGAAGCGGCAGCCGCAGAGGACGACGGCACUGAUGAGGGAGAGUUUCUGGGGAUGAAGGGGUUAAAAGGUCAACUGGGUCGACAGGUGGCUGACGAGGUGUGGCAGGCAGGGAAGCGUCAGGCAUCCAAAGCCUUCAACCUUUACGCCAACAUCGACAUCUUAAGGCCAUACUUUGAUGUGGAGCCAUCGCAGGUGCGCAGCAGGCUAAUGGAGUCCAUGAUACCUGUCCGCAUGAUCACCUUCCCCCAGAAGGUGGCAGGUGAGCUUUACGGCCCGCUGAUGCUUGUCUUCACCCUGGUGGCCAUUCUGCUGCACGGCAUGAAGACCUCCGGGACCGUCAUUAGGGAGGGUACCCUGAUGGGAACGGCCAUCGGAACGUGUUUCGGUUACUGGCUCGGCGUCUCCUCCUUCGUCUUCUUCUUGGCUUAUCUGGUCAAUGCUCAGAUCACCUUGUUGCAGAUGCUCUCCCUGCUGGGUUACGGUCUGUUUGGUCACUGCGUGGUCCUCCUGGUCACCUACAACAUCCACUUCCACUUCCUGUUCUAUGGCCUGUGGCUGCUGAUUGGAGGAUUGUCUACACUGCGCAUGGUGGCGGUUCUGCUGUCCCGGAUUGUGGGUCAGACUCCCCGCCUGCUGCUGUGUGGGACGUUGUCGCUGCUGCACAUGAGCUUCCUGCUGUACCUGCAUUUCAGCUACCACCAGAUUGUAGAAGGUCUGCUAGACUCUCUGGAAGGACCCAACCUGGCUCCAAUGGAGAGGGUGGCCCGAGACGUGCAUGAAGUGAUGCUCAACAUGUCCACGAGGAGCCCAGGGGCCCUGUUGAAGGCCCACUGAGGCCCUUGAGAGCCUCUCUUUAUUCCACAUAAACUCUGAUGAGCUCAGAGUGUGGAUCCCCCCUAGAACUGCAUCCCCUGGACGUGGUGUCCAUCAGCAGAACCUUCUGAUAUUUCUGUUUGAUUGGUUCUGAUUUAUUGAUUAUGUAGAAAGAUGAUAAACACCUCCAUCACUUCUGACUAAAACCUCCUUCAGGUUACAGGGGUUUUCUGUUAUUUUGUACUCUUAUUGUCCAGAGGUAACAAGUUAUUAUUGAAUAUUGAAUAUUACAGAUCCAUCUUAUGAUGUGUUUAAGUGAGUUAGAAACUGUGGGAAAUCUUAGAUUUUCUGUUCACCUUCCUUCUUGUUUGACAGUAAAAUCUGAACUGUCUCAGUGAGUGGAAAAAGCUCUCAAUAAAAAUCUGAUUUCUCACUGA